AUGGGGAUUCGAUUUAUUUUGCUUGAUUUACUGUUUGUUUUGUAUAUUAGCUGUGCCUUAUGUGAGAGUACUUUAUAUUCCGCAAAGCUAGUGCAUAGGUUUUCAGAUGAAGCAAAGGCGCAUCAUAGCGCUAGGGUUUCAAGAAAUGGAGCAGGAAUUGUCGAUAGGGUUGGAGACGCUGAUGCGUGGCCAAAGCGUCGGAGUUUGGACUAUUAUCGGCGGCUGUUGAGCAGUGAUACACAGCGGCAGAAGCUGAAGCUUAACCCUCAGUUCCAAUUCCUCUACCCUUCCAGAGGCAGCGUUACCUUGCCCCUCGGAAAUGACUUUGGAUGGUUACAUUAUAUGUGGAUUGACAUGGGCACACCAAAAGUUUCUUUUCUUGUUGCAUUGGAUGCUGGAAGUGAUCUAUUCUGGGUUCCCUGCAAUUGUGUACAAUGUGCACCUUUAUCUUCCAGUUACUACAGCAGUCUGGAUAAGGAUCUUAGCGAGUAUAAUCCUUCUGGCUCUAGCACUAGCAAGUCCCUCUCUUGCAGUCAUCCAUUAUGUGAAUUUGGUUUAAAUUGUGAGAAUCCUAAGCAGCAAUGUCCAUACACUGUCAACUAUGCUUCAGAUGAUACAUCUACUUCUGGAGUUCUGGUCGAAGACGUAUUACAUCUUGUAUCGGGUCACACUAACGCAUCCAACAUGUCUGUGCGGGCCCCAGUCGUUAUAGGAUGUGGUAGUAAACAAACUGGUGGUUACCUGAAUGGAGUUGCGCCAGAUGGUCUUAUGGGUCUGGGGCGUGGAGAAAUUUCAGUUCCAAGUCGUUUAGCAAAAGCUGGAUUGAUUCGGAACUCUUUUUCGUUAUGCUUCACUGAAGAUGACUCAGGGAGGCUAUUCUUCGGGGAUCAAGGAGUAGCUGUUGAACAGACUACUUCAUUUUUGUCUUCUGAUGGAAAAAAUUUAACUUACAUUGUUGGAGUGGACUCUUGCUGCAUUGGAAGUUCUUGUCUUGAGCAUACAAACUUUGAAGCGCUGGUUGAUAGUGGGACAUCAUUCACGUUUCUUCCAGGUCAAGUCUAUGAAAGAGUUGUUAAGGAGUUCAAUGGACAAGUAAAUGCGUUGAAAUCAGAUUUUGAAGGAUACCCAUGGCAGUAUUGUUACAAGACCAGUUCUGAAGGGUUACCUAAAAUUCCUUCUGUGACUCUGAAGUUCGCAACGAACAACAGUUUUGUGGUCCAUGAUCCUGUUUUUGUGAUCUACGGUACUCAGGGUGCAGUUGGAUUUUGUUUAGCAGUACAGCCAACUGAUGAAGACAUUGCGACAAUUGGACAGAACUUCAUGACAGGAUAUCGAAUGGUAUUUGAUAGGGAAAAUUUCAAGCUUGGCUGGUCCCGUUCGAAUUGUCAGGAUCUCGGUGAAGGUGGCAGAAUGCCGCUGACUCCAUCAGCUGAUGGCACCUCUCCGAACCCAUUGCCGACAACAGUGCAGCAGAACUCUCCCAAUGCUCAUGCAGUUGGUCCUGCCGUUGCUGGAAAGACACCUUCCAAAUCCUCAGCUACACGCCAGGAGAGCUCAUAUUUUGCUGCGAAGUUUUUCUUUAUUAUGCAUUUGGCGUUGCAUACAUGCUUAUAUAAAUAUGCUCUUUAA